UCUUUUAUUUGCAGCGGUACCUAGGCCUCCCCGUGAUGUUGAAGGCGGGCGAGUACUCCCCGAACAACCCGCUGAUCCGCGCCGAGCGCAACACCGGUGACGUGUUGCUCGCGCUGGGAGAGUACGAGCGGCGACGCAACACGCUGCGCAGACUACGGCAGCAACAAUACAAGGACUAUCUCGAUCAGCAAGCCAAAAAGAAACAAGAAGCCAAAGAGCAAGCAGAGAAGGAGCGCCGCGAGCGGGAGGAGAAAGAGAGACUGCGGGAAGAGAGGGAGAGAGAGAGACUGCUGUUAGAGCGAGAGAGACGUAGCCCAGUCCGACGGCCCAGCCUCAACUACAACACGCACGUUUCCAAUAAGGUGGACACCGGCGUGCAAGUGAACGGGCUCACAAAACCUCUCUCCGUAGCUGUUCAGACCGACGAUGCGGAGCUCUACAGGGUGUGUCCAUGGACGGCGCCAUGUGGCAUGACCCAAGCGGAGCGGGAGCUGUCGCCACGAGCGGCGGCUGAGCACGAACCCACUCACAAUGCGCAUGCGCAUCACACGCACGUGACUCACCCGCGCCCCGCCCCGCGCCACGCGCCGCGCUCCGAGCCCGUGCACAAGCCGCGCGACGAACCGAAAACCGAGCCGCGCCUCGACCAUAACAAAACACGGUCCGAGCUUCCACUAACCGCGAGCCUGGUGAAGCGUUCCAACCAGGACAAGUUACUAUCGGAGUUGCGUCACACACACAUGCCGUCCAUAUUCGACGCGGACGCUAUACAACUACGCAACCUACAGGCUGAGAAGGAGGCGGCGGAAAGGCGCCAGUUUUACCAACAAGAACAAAACCAAAUAAUGGAACAACAGAGGAUAAAGGAAGAAAGGAAAUCUAGAGAGAAAUUGCUGGAGCAGGCAGAGAUGCGUCGUCUGGAAGAGCAGCUGCGGAUGCUGCGGGUGGCGCAGGACCGCGAGCGAGGGAAACAACUACACCUCGACACGCAGAUUACUGAAAACGCAAUAGAAUAUAAGAACAAGCGCAUAGAAAUGCAAAAGGAGAUCGAUUCGGAACAACAAAAACUCAACAAAGUCAAAACACAACCGCGCAAGAAAUCCACAACGAAAAGCGACAGCCAGUCGAAGUUACCGCCGCAGUACCCUCGGACGGACAAAAAGAAACCAUUCUCCAUAAACAUAUCCGAUAAUUCCUUAUUCUCGCCCAACUAUGACGUCGACUCGUACCUCCGAAGAAAUUUGAACUAUAACAUAAAGGAGGAUAAGAACAAAAAUUAUUUGACAGAGAGUCUUGAUUAUAAAUAUCCGAGUAUCGAUGACUCCAUACCGGUGUUGAGGCAUUCGCCGGUGAAAACGGAGAAUGUACAAAAUAAUAACCUAAGCGAAGCGAUGAAGAAAGUUGAGGAUAAAUGGAAGGUGCCUGCGGUGCAGAAGAAUAUUUUGAAAUCUUUGCCAAACGAUGAGGGUAAGAAUAUAAGCAUUUUGACGCAAUUAGGGUCGAUAAGACGACAGUUGCAAUUGGAACAGUUGAAGUUAGACCAAAUGUCGCCCAAGGAAGACGCGUGACUGACGCUUUGGCCUGGCGUUUGUCCCGGGUUUUGCGCCAGGAAUUGAGCGAGUGGGAUAUCUAGCCGAUCGAACUAACUAAACAAUAAUGUUUGGUAAUUAAAGUCCAAAUGAAAAUCAAGAACACAGAAGAAAACUUCUGCAAAAAUGUUGACGAAUUGAAUAACUUUUUUAGUCAGUGAAAUUUAUAUGUGAAGCAUGCUUGUUUGGGUAAAGUGUUAAGACAGAGGCAUUCCAGUAAAUAUAAUGAAAAGUAUGGUUGUGUUGAUAGCAAUUUAAACUUGUUUUAGGUGGAUCGUUCACAUUCAAUCAAGAUUUGAAUUAUAUUGCAUAAUAUAAAAUAUUUUUAUUAGCAUAAAAUCAUAAAUAAAUUUAAAUUGAAAACAGUUACAGACACUUAAUUCUAUUAAAAAUAAAUUCAUAUGCAUAGCAUGUGUCUCGGGCUAUCGGAGACAGAGUUAGUCUUAACUGGUUUUAAUGGUCAUACGAAUAAAUUAAGGUAACAGAAUGCUUAAUGUACUUGUGUAUACAAUAAUAAUAAUUACUAACAGCCAUUUUCAAUAAACGAGAUAAUUAUAUCCGAUUUCAAUAAACGAUCUCAAUCUCAAUCUUUAACCCGAUUCUGAAUGAACCAAUAAAAAUAAGUCAUUUGUAAUCAUGUCACAAAACGUUGUUCUGAUUGGUCCAUUUGUGAGAUAGAUUAAAACAAGGUAUUUGGAUUGUAUAUUGAAAAUAAUAGCAUGUGAAUACAAAUAUAAUAUUAUUCAUUUAAUAUUUGCUUGAAUGUGUAAGGUUUGCCUAAAACUCUUCAAAAUAGCGCAGACUACAAAAGUAACGGACAGUAAUAGUUUUAAAGUAAAUACUGUUAAACUAUAUGUUUAGCGUAAUGAUUACAAUUGUAAUGUCUAGCAUCUUUCAAAAUUCUCGUGUUACGAAUUUCAACCUUCCGUGCUUGGCUUUUGAAUUUACAUUGGCGUGUAAUAUUGCUAUUAUUGGUUUAAUAUAUAUUUGAUACUAAUGUAUUAUAAAAUAGAAUAAAUAAAACGGAUUGGAAUUCGUUGUAUUGAAAGGCCAUUAUCGAAUAUUUUUGUAUGAGUCAAAGGAUUUUGGCUUCACAGUUGUGCAGGUCAGGUCAGGGUCAUAUUUUAUCAAUAUAAGUAAUUGUUGGACCUUUAAUUAUGUAACUUGUGUUAUCUUAAUUUUUUCACUGACAACGUAAAAUGGAUUUUACAUUAACAAGGAAACUUGGAAACAAUGUUUAACAUGUAAACUUGUGUAUUUAUGGCAUCUGACUUCUGUAAAGCUUGCGGGACUUGCGGCGAGUUGGAUUUGUACAAUAUUAUUGCAAUAUUGCCGCUAGUAAACGCAUCUGGAAAUUGUUUCGUAAUAUAUUGCUGCGAGAAUUUGCAAGUCUAAAUUUAGCUAAGACCCUAACACCCACCACCUCUUAAGCCUUGCACAACUGCGUAAACCCGAAAUGUACAUAUUAACACACAUUUUCAAUAAAUAAUCCCAAUAUCAAUCUCCAAUCCGAUUCCCAGAAUGAACCAAUCAAAAUAACUCAUUUGUAAGCGUGUCAAAAAUACUUUGUUCUGAUUGGUCCAUUUUGAGAUUGAAUAAAGCGAUUGGGAUCAUUUAUUGAAAAUGGCGGUUAGAAUGAAUCAUGUAAAUAUCUCAUUGGUUUUCAAUAUUUGAAUGUAUGAAUUUCAUUAUACUUUAUAGUCUGAAGUCGAUUUUGUUUCGGCUAGGAUAGUGGCAUUCUUAGUAGAUUUUAUCGACUAAAAGUAGUUGCUGCUCCCUCGCCAUAUUACGAAUAUAAUACUAACUUGUAAUACGGCAGUUGGCUACAUAUUGUAAAAA